AACCAACAUUCGGUUGGCUGCGUUAGGUAAUUGUUGAUUUUAGAUUCGUGUUAAAUACGAUUUACAUCUUUUUUAAGUUUUAGAUAAAAGCUAAUUACAAAAUUGUGAAAAUAUUUUAUGCAUUUUUUUUUAUUGAAUAUUAUUAUGUAGAAGUGUACAACUUUAUUUUACGUAUUUAAAAAAUGUACGGUAAUAAUCAUCUGGUCGUCUCAAUGUUUCGUAUUAAUAAUAGGCUGAGAAUGUCUGUUGGGCACGGUUCCAACGUUAAGCCGCCACUGUUGGAGUUUUUAUCACAAUAGUUAAAUCAUAAUUAUUUGUAUUAACUUUAAGAACAUAUUACAAUAUAUAUGAAAUCAGAAACUAUACACUUUAAAGAAGUGCGGUCUAAAUUAAAAAAAGUGCUUGUUUUAUUGUUAACAUUAAAUUAUAAGUAAAUAUUCCUAAUGGAUACAUUAACUAGAAAUAUUUCUUCCAAAAAACAAUAUAAUCUUGUGCUUAACGACGAUUUUGAUACAAGAAUACCAAUGCAUCCGGAAGAAGCGUUCGAGCACGGUAUAACAUUCCAUGCUAAGUUUAUUGGAUCUAUGGAUAUUCCUAAACCAAUUAAUCGAGAUGAAAUUGUGGCGUUAAUGAGACAGAUUAGAUAUGAAUAUAAAACGAAGAACAUAAAAAAGAAAAAAGUUUCUAUAGAAGUCUCUGUUGAAGGGAUAUGUAUCACAUUGAGAAAGAAAACAAAGAAAAAACAUUGGACGGAUAAUAAUACUAUAUUAUUAAUGCAACACCCAAUAUACAGAAUAUUUUAUGUAUCUCAUGAUUCUCAAGAUAUGAAAAUAAUCAGUUAUAUAGCCCGAGAAGGUUCCACCAAUGUGUUCAAGUGUAAUGUGUUUAAAGCAAACAAAAAGAGUCAAGCUAUGCGAAUUGUGCGUACAGUAGGGCAAGCUUUUGAGGUGUGUCACAGAAUCAAUCCUUCUGAAAAAGACUAUCAAAAAGAUGAUAACGAUUUUGAAAAUGAAUCCAACAAAGAUAACGAUUUAGAUCAACUAAAUGAUACGGUUGACGAAGAUGAUGGCAAUGUUGAAGAUUGUUCUUUACCCAAAAGAGAUAUAUUUGAAAAUCAAGGCAGGCUCGAUAGGUCAAUUAUUAAUGAAUCUGCAUCUUCAAUGGACGGAUCUAAAAGAGAUGAAAUACCCAUUAGUGAUGUUCAACGGCCAUUACGAUUAGAUAUCAUUCCACCUUUACCAGUCUCAUCAAUGAAUCAUAGACUUUCCUCACCUAUGAAUGAUAGUGAAGUUUAUCCUUCUCCUAUGUCUGAUACAUUAAAAAGUGAUAGAUUAACUGGGCUGUCGACAUUAAGUCUUCAGCAUGAAAUGCAGAUGUUACGUCAACAAUUAGACCAACAAACUCAUCAAACUCAAGUCGCUUUAGCACAAGUACAUAUGUUACGAGAUCAACUAACUACAGAAUCUACCGCAAGGCUGGAAGCUCAAACUCGAACUCAUCAACUUUUGGUGCACAACAAAGAACUAUUGGAUCAUAUUGCGUCUUUGGUAACAUUGUUACAUGAUCAAGAGCGGAUUAGGAAUGAUUUACAACAUCCUUCGUUGCCACCGCACUCACUGAUGUGUGACCUACCUACUCCUUCGUCGUACCUGUCGGAUUUACCACCUCAGUCACCCCGUCAUCGUUCUCCGUAUCAUCUGCCUAUAAAUUUUGAUUUCAAUUUUAACCAACCAGCACAAAAUACUGAUCAACAGUUUCAGACACAGCUACUUCAACGUCUUCAUUCAUUAACUGGUUCUAUAGCUAAUACGCCCACUAAUCAGUUUCAACAAAGAAUGGCUUUUCAAUCAUUUUUUACACAAUCGCCACAUCAAUACUCUUCAGUUUCGCCGAAUAUUAAUAAAGUUUCGCAAGCUUCGUCAUUUGCUGGAUCACCAGUGACUAAUAGAUCAACUUCUGGUGAAAGUACUGUCAAUGACGGUAUCAUUAAACCUUUAUCUGACGAUCGUCAAAUAACUGUUGUUGUAGAUAAAAACGUUGAAGAUUCUGUUUCAGUCACCAAAACAACUAUAUUAGACCCACCACCGAAGGGAAAACAGAAUUCUUUACUCAGAGUAUCCAAAAGUGGCAAUAGUAGAUCCACAGGAAAAAAAACCUUAUCCGAUGUAGAAAAUUGUCCUAUUACUAGAACUACUAGUGAAAAGGUUUCCAAUAAAAGCAACCUCAUGCAUGAAGUGCAAAGAACAGCGUGGGCUAGGCAUACCACAAAAUAAAAGUUUAAGACUAAGUCCCGGUUCAAAAAUGGCUCGAUGGUUCGAGUUACAGCAAGAUACAGAUGCCUUUCCAUUAUUUAGGCCCGAAAGUGGGUUUGUUGACUAUCCAAUCGAUGAGUUUCAAUCAAC